AUGGAAGACGGAGAGUUGGAAGAAACUACCCAGGUCGCCAAGUUUGCAGACACGUUAGGAGCUGCGAGGGUCACUAAGGGAGUAAUGUUGAACGAGGUAGUGGUAGAAGCACUUUUAGAUACGGGUGCAACUACGUCUAUCGUGAGUAUGGACCUCGCACGUCAGUUAGGCUUAGAAGAGGCUGGCGCUGGUGCCAUCAGAGGCUUGUUUACCAGGAAACAGGUGACGUUGUUCAAGGCGUCAUUGGCUACAAAAGACCGUCGGAUGAAGACUGUGCUGUAUUCCAGCAAGGAGCUCAAGGACGAUGAGCUGAUAUUGGGCGUACCAGACAUGAUUGCACUAGGUAUCUUCGAUGCAUGUAAGUGCCAGUUCCAUGUGGAGAGCUGUUGCAAGGUCAAUGCGGUAUCACUGGUGGACGAGGAGAAGUCAGACCAAGACUUGUUGGCGGUUGCCAAGCAACUGAUAACAGAUAUGACGUCUCAUCUGGAAGGUGUUGUCAGAGAGAGGCUUUGGGGUUUGUUACAAAAACAUUCGAAGUGUUGGUUGCGGCCAAGGACAGGCAGAACACGGCAUAGUGUGGAGUUCGAGGUAGACGGGAAUCCGGUGAAGCAUACGUUGAAGCCGUUAAGACCAGAGUUACGAGAGGAACUAGAUAAGCAGACAUGUUGA